UAAAGAUAUGAUAAAUAAGAAAAACAUGUUAAUGUAUUUAUAUAAAUCAGAAAAAAUUGUCACCAAAAUUUUAAAUUGGAUAAGAUGAAGAAUAAUAGUAGUUUAUAUAAUUUCAAAUUUGUAAUAGUAUUUAAAAAAAUUACUUUUAUCUAGUUGUUAGUGUGCCCAUUUAAAAGGGUAUCACAACAUGGUUUGAGUUCCGGAAUAAACAUAUUUUUUAAAAAAAAAUAGAUAUAUAUAUAUAUAUGUAUAUAUAAACGACGUCUUCUUAUCUUGUUAACGGUUGACUAACUUCUGUUAGAGUCAAUGUAGAUUUAUGCACCUUUUAAGAAGUUCAGGUAGUUUUUCUUAAAUUAUACUUAAGUUGAGGCCGGUUUUGGCACUGCCUAUUUGUUCGGGUCCUAUUUGGCACGACUGAGAGUGUUGGGGUCGAAAUUGGCACUUUUCCUCGUAUAUCAAAACGACGUCGUUUUAUCUUGUUAACGAUUGACUAACUUUUGUUAGAGUCAAUGUAGAUUUAAGCACGUUUUAAGAAGUUCGGGUAGUUUUUUCGAAUUAUAAUUGAGUUGAGAUCGUAUUUGGCACUGCUCAAUUGUUCGGGUCGUAUUUGGCACGACUGAAAUAGUUGGGGUCGAAAUUGGCACUUUUCCCUAAGAAAAGCAGAGAAAGUAACACGAGUCUGAGUCAGCGACAAGUGUUCGCGGAGAAACGGAAACGCUCUCUCUUCCCCAACGCCAAUACCUUUGGAAUCCUGACCCUCUCAAAUGCUGUCCUUUCUUCUUAUUUCGUUCCCACCUACUUUUUUAAAGUUAUCUGUAAGAAAAAUAUUUAGAUUAUUUCAUAACUGAGUUCUAAGUUAUACAAUUCCACUGGUUAUUUGGAUCAUAUCACCUGUUCUUGAUCCACGUAAAUACUUGAAGUUUUCAAAAUUUUAUUAAGUAUACUCACUUUUUUUAGUGUCUUCUCUCUUUGCCAUAUACACAAAGGUUUACAUUAAAAUAGUGGGAAAUAAAGGUUAAAGGAACAAAAAAGAAAACAAGUUGACACACUGUCUUUUAAUUAUUCACUGGCCUCUAUAAAUCCAGCCUAGCCUCUCUCCCCACUUCUUAAAACUCGUUUCUUCUUCUUCUAUCAAAUCAGAUCAAACCCUAUUUUCUUGCUCUCAAAAUUUUGGAUAUAUCUUCUCUUAAGUUCUGAAAUUGUCUUUUUUUUUUUCUUGGGCCAAAAAAAAUGAGUUGCAAUGGAUGUAGAGUUCUUCGAAAAGGUUGCAGCGAAACAUGCAUCCUUCGUCCUUGCUUCCAAUGGAUCGAAUCCGCCGAGUCACAAGGCCACGCCACCUUGUUCGUCGCUAAAUUCUUUGGCCGUGCCGGUCUCAUGACUUUCAUCUCCGCCGUACCUGAACUAAACCGCCCUGCUUUGUUUCAGUCCUUGUUGUUUGAAGCGUGUGGGAGGACGGUUAAUCCGGUUAACGGAGCGGCUGGUCUGUUAGGGUCUGGAAACUGGCACGUGUGCCAAGCGGCGGUUGAAACUGUUCUUCGUGGUGGUACUUUAAGACCGAUCUCAGAUCUCCUCCCAUCGCCCUCGUUGAUCUCCUCCAAUGACUCUACCGUGAUCUGUACCGAUAUUGGCCGUUUCUCGACCUCAAGAACCAAGCUAUCGACGUCGGAUAUGAAAGAACCUCCGGUUAACCGGAGACGGUCGAAGACCGAACGGUCUGAAUCGGUUAUAGAUGUCCAGUUGAACCACAGGUUAGAUCUAACCAUUCCAGUUGUACCGGUUCCUUUACUUCCUCCAACGCCGUUUCGUAAGGUGGUCAACGGUGAACGUCCGGGAAGUCCAUCGGAGGAGUCUGUAACGACGUCCUGCAGUGAAAAUGGAAUCAUCGGCUAUAACAAAAGAGAGAGAAAGUUGUUAAACCUUUUUGUUUAAUUUAAAACCGACGACGCAAACUCUUCGCACUUAGUUUUUGAGGGUUCCUUUUAGGGUUUUAUCGGUUGAUUAAUGAUUUUCUAUACCGAGAGAAAUAUGAUAACUUUUUGGUGAUACAGAUGAGAUGAUAAAUAAUCUGCGGUUUGCUACUUUGUUUUUACACAGAAAUAUGAUGAUCCAACCUUAUAAGUAUGUUUUAGCCUUUUAGGUUUUUAUUUUUACCAGCUAAUUUGACAACAUUUUGAUAUAAUUAACAGGGGUAUAUUUU